ACCGCUGCAUAGAAGGAGGCAGCCUCGGUCUCUGCGCGGCGAGACAGGGUUCAAAGCGGGCGCUGCGGGCACAGCGACCAUUCAGAAGAAUUGAACAUUUUAUUUGUAGCCAGUUUACAAGAUCAAACAUGCUUUUGUACAAAUAGUUUUGUUUGCAAUUUUUUAAAGAAGCGCGUUUCUCUCUCAAUAUCUAUCAAGUAGUUACUUUGUAUAUAAAUCGUAUUAUAUAAAUAUAUUUUUGUAGUUUUGAUUUUAAAGUAGCUAAAUAUGUUUGCAGUGCUUGAACUACAAAGUUCAUAAUACAUUUAUUUGAAUUUUAACUUGCGACAAAUAGGAAUUAUCAAGACAAGCAGAAUUACUUUGUACUGUAAAGAAUCGCUUCUAUACUGUCUACGGUUUGCUGUUAUUUUUUAAUUUUAUUUUUCUGUGAAGGGGAGUAUAUUUCUUAAUGAUUCGCAUUUCCUAAACAUGCCCGUGCCGAGCGGUUCUGCGGUGACAGCUCCCCUCCAGCUGCAGAACACCGCACUUUCUCAAGAAGUUGCCCAGGCAGGAGGGUCCUCUUUCGGCUACGCGAGGUUUGCUGUGGUGGUCAUGCUGGUAUUUUUGUCGUUCGGCGGAUCUGAGAGCUUCUCUACAUGGCGGCAUGAAUGGGAAACGGGGGCGGCGCCCCUCAGAAGGUCUUGUGGUAUCCCAAGAUUGGCUGACGGGUUCUCCCUGGGCGGGGCCAGCAGGCAGAAGCGAUACACCAUCAACCCCAUGGAGCACAAGUGGGACCACUUCAACAUCACCUACAAGAUCUCCAAGUUUCCCAACACCUUGAACAAGGACGACACUCGGAAAGCCAUCGGCAUCGCGUUCCGAAUGUGGAGUGACGUGUCUCCGCUGGGAUUCACGGAGCUUCCUCCAGAGCGCCAGACCGACAUCGACAUAGGGUUCUACACCUUCAACCACACAGACUGCUGGUUCUCUCCGCUGCACCCCUGCUUCGACGGGCUCAACGGGGAGCUGGCCCACGCCUUCCUGCCCCCCCGUGGGGAGAUCCACUUCGACAACCACGAGUUCUGGAUCCUGGGCAAGUCCCGCUUCAGCUGGAAGCAAGGGGUCUGGCUGAACGAUCUGGUCCAGGUGGCUGCCCACGAGAUCGGCCACGCGCUGGGGCUGUGGCACUCCCGCAACCAGCAGGCCCUCAUGCACCCCAACGCCACCUACACGGGUCAGCGGCGCAUCAGCCAGGAUGACAUCUGGGGCAUCCAGCGGCUCUAUGGCUGUGUGGAUAAGAAGCGGCUGUGUGACCCCUGGGCGCGAGUUGGCUUCUGUGAGAGGCGCCGAGCCUUCAUGAAGAAACACUGCCCCAGGAUCUGUGACAUGUGCUUCGAGCCUCCUGAACUGGAACCCACCACAGCGACCCCCCACUCCAAUGUGAAGACCAUGUUAGUGCCCCAUGGACAGAUCGUCACCUUCCGCUGCGGCAACCGCCCCCCUCGCUACACCCCCAAAGUCAGCUGGUACAAGGACGGGGAGCUGCUGGCUGCCUCGGUGCCCGGGUACCUCACUCUGAAGAAGCAGAACCUCAGCAUCAUCGCCAACGAGUUCAACGAAGGCCAGUACACCUGCCACAUUCACCGCGGCCAGACUGUGGUCAAGGCCAACUCCUGGCUGAUAAAGAUCAAACAGGAGCAUGAUGGGAACAGCUGAGGAGGGGAGGACAGCCUGCAAACGAACAGCCACAGCCCCUUCCUGCAGUCAGACCAGUAGAGCUGACACCAGUGUCAGACAUGGAAUUCAAUGAUCCCUAACCAGGAGCAUCAGCCCAAUGUUCAGAGUAAAUGCAGUGAAGCAGCCAGCCAGACCCUCCCCCUCAAAGGAACGCAUUGUAACCUCUGUUUCUGUCUGUCUGUUACCCCGUGAUCAUGUUCUUUGUUGCUGUAUUGUUUGUUACAGUCAGGGAUAUUAGGUGUGUUUAAUAGCUGGCUCAGAGCAAGCCUAGUGUACAACAGUGACCACUAGGGGCAGCGCACCUGUAAUAGAUAUUUUUUUGUAUUCAAGCCCAAACAGAUUCCACAAUUCUCCUUUCGACAUUCAGGAUGCACAGCGCUGAAGUGCAAUAUAUUGAGGGCACGCCUCCCAGCAGAAAACAACCAUAACGUAUUGUAAUGAAUGACCCCUACUGGCCGAAUAGGCCCAUUGCAUGAGUGCAUAAAAGACAUGACUACUUUAGUGAAACUGUAGCGUGUCUGACUUUGGUGCCAGAGGUCAGCAGUUCAAAUCCAGACUGUGGUGAAUGUAAAAUUAGUAGUUCAUCAAUAAUAAAUUAAAAAGGCAUUACAGUAUUGAGCUGCAUGAAUUCCUUUCAUAAAUGUCUCCAGAAUUGACCAAGCUCAUGGUGAAUGCAGAAUUGGCCGACUGGUACUUGCUGAGCAGGUAUACUGUGCUUGUUUAAUGGUCUGAUAUACUGCACAUGUUAUACAAGCUGUCCACAUUCCCUGUGCAGGAGCCCUGGAGCAGCCUCUGCUACCAUUACAGAGACACGAGAGGGCACUGAGACUGGCAGAGCGUGCUUCUGGGAUUCAUUAAAAACUCCUGUGCUGUC